AUGGAAAGGGCCCUUUCAGAGCCUCCCGACAGUGUUGCAACUAAACCCCAAAGGUGUCUCCUCACCAGGUCGAUAGAAUUUAGCUCGAUUCGCAAAUAUUUGACGAUGAGCUCAUCCGGCGGAUCGAGCGGGAACACGAGCUCGUCCGACAAGCAAAAGGAGAAGGCCAGAUUGAGCAGGACUUCGCACAUCUUAUGGCAUGCUCAUCACAAUAACGCUUCCGCUCUACGAAAGCUUCUCCAGGAGGAUGCAUCUUUGGUCAAUGCCAGGGACUACGACAACCGUACGCCUCUCCACGUCGCUUCACUCUAUGGCUGGAUCGAAAUCGCCAAGUGCCUCCUCGAGUAUGGCGCCGAUGUCAACUCCCAAGAUCGAUGGAGGAAUACGCCUCUAGCUGAUGCAGAAGGAGCUAAGAAACAUAGAAUGAUCGAGCUAUUGAAAUCAUAUGGCGGAUUAUCUUACGGCCAAAAGGGAAGCCACUUUGAGCCAAGGCCAGUUCCACCCCCUCUACCAAACAAGUGUGACUGGGAAAUUGACCCUUCUGAGCUGGACUUCUCAUAUUCAAAUAUCAUAGGGAAGGGGUCAUUUGGUGAGAUUUUAAAGGCCACUUGGCGAGGAACACCUGUAGCUGUCAAGCGCAUUCUUCCAUCACUUUCAGAUGACAGACUGGUGAUACAGGAUUUCCGGCAUGAAGUGAAUUUGCUCGUAAAGCUCCGCCAUCCUAAUAUAGUCCAAUUCCUCGGAGCUGUCACUGAGAAGAAGCCUCUUAUGUUAAUUACUGAGUAUUUAAGAGGGGGUGAUCUUCAUGAGUAUCUCAAGUUAAAGAAUGGGUUAAAUUCAUCAGCAGCCGUCAACUUCGCGAUGGACAUUGCUAGGGGUAUGGCUUAUCUUCACAAUGAGCCAAAUGUCAUAAUUCAUCGAGACCUAAAACCAAGGAACGUGCUUCUGGUAAACUCUAGCGCAGAUCAUUUGAAAGUUGGAGACUUUGGCCUGAGCAAGCUCAUCAAGGUUCGAAAUUCUCAUGAUGUCUACAAAAUGACAGGCGAGACCGGGAGUUAUCGUUAUAUGGCUCCUGAAGUUUUCAAGCACCGGAAAUAUGAUAAAAAGGUUGAUGUUUUCUCUUUUGCAAUGAUACUUUACGAGAUGAUUGAAGGAGAACCACCAUUUUCAAAUCACGAGCCUUAUGAAGCAGCUAAGUUUGUUGCAGAUGGACACCGGCCUAAUUUCCGCUCAAAGUCAUUCGUCUCUGAAUUGAGAGACUUAACAAGUGCGUGCUGGGCUCCUGACAUGAACCAGAGACCAUCCUUCUUGGAUAUUCUCAAGAGGCUUGAAAAGGGCAAGGAAAAUGGAGCCAACGAUCAAUCUUGGCAGACGAGGGAGUCAGAAUUCAAGGGUUUUCACAUGUAUUUCUCAUUCUCUAUUCUAACAUUUAGGGUUUUGUUUAUUUCUAUUUUGUCUGAAAAUAUUGAAAGUAAAGCAACUGCAAGAUCGUCUUCUAAAGUUGUUGAAUUCCGUGUUGAUAGUAUUUCAUGUGCUGGUAGAGCCGGUGAUGGAAAUAUAGAUUUUAGUUAUUGUAACAAGGAUUUAGACUGUAAUAAUUCAUCUCAUAGUUCAGUGUCAGUUUGUAGUUUAGGAUCCGAAAAGGUGCCCUCUUCCCAGAAGCUAGACUUGUCAUUUCCUUCUAUGAAGGAUGGAGGUUCUGGUGGUAGUUAA